UAUCACAACUUAUAAUAGAGCGUAAAAAGCAAGUGGUCAUCAUCCAAAUAAUGGCUUCCACAUCUUCUGCUCUUCCUAUUCCUCCCUCCACAACUUCUCGUCAGGCGGACUCCUCCUUCCGCAACAGCAACCAUAAAGCCUCUCUCCUCACCAUUUCGCCACCGCCAAAUCCCACACUCAAAACCCCUACAAUCCGCUCUCGCCUUAGCAGGCUCUGUCAAGAGGGCCACCCGCAUCUUGCUCGACAACUGUUCGACACAAUUCCUCGCCCAACUACCGUUCUUUGGAAUACAAUUAUUAUCGGUUUCAUUUGCAACAAUAUGCCCUUAGAAGCUCUUUUGUUUUACUCCCAACUUAAAAAUGCCUCUUCUAUUCCUAAAUGUGAUUCUUAUACUUACUCUUCUACCCUCAAAGCUUGCGCAGAAACUAGUAAUUUAAUGUUAGGUAAAGCCAUUCAUUGCCAUUUUAUUCGGUGUUUAUCACACCCAAGUAGAAUUGUAUAUAAUUCUCUUUUAAAUAUGUAUUCUGCAUGUUUGAGCAGCAUGGGAUCUUUUAACGAGUUUGAUUUUUCUAAGUAUGAUUUAGUAAAUACAGUUUUUAAGACAAUGCGUAAGAAAGAUGUGGUUGCUUGGAAUACUAUGGUUUCAUGGUAUGUGAAGACACAGAGAUAUAAGGAAGCAAUUAGGCAAUUUAGGAUAAUGAUGAAAAUGGGGAUUAGACCCAGUCCAGUUAGUUUUGUCAAUGUUUUUCCUGCUUUAUCCAGCAUUGGGGACUGUAAGAAUGCAAACGUUCUUUAUGGGAUGCUUCUUAAAUGUGGUAAUGAAUAUGUUAUUGACUCGUUCGUUGUGAGUUCAGCAAUAUCUAUGUAUGCUGAACUUGGUUGCCUUGAUCUUGCUAGAAAGGUUUUUGACUGCUGUUUGGAGAAGAAUACAGAAGUUUGGAACACUAUGAUUAGUGGGUAUGUACAGAAUAAUUGUUUUUCCGAGGGAAUUGAUCUCUUUCUUGAAGCUAUUGAAAUGGAACAGACUGCUCUUGAUGAUGUAACCUUUCUCUCAGUUUUAACUGCGGUUUCACAGCUGCAGUGUUUGGACUUGGGUCAACAGCUACACGCCUUCAUAAUUAAAAACCUAACAGUCUUAUCAGUGACAAUACUGAAUGCAAUCAUUGUCAUGUACUCAAGGUGCAAUUCUGUCCAUACUUCAUUCAAAAUUUUUGAGAAGAUGCCAGAUAGGGAUGUUGUCUCGUGGAAUACCAUUAUUUCGGGUUUCAUACAGAAUGGACUAGAUGAUGAAGGGCUAAUGCUUGUGUAUGAGAUGCAGAAGCAAGGGUUUAUUGUUGAUUCGGUGACAGUAACUUGUCUACUCUCUGCAGCAUCUAAUCUUAGAAACAAAGAGAUUGGAAAACAGACUCAUGCGUAUCUUGUUAGGCAUGGCAUAAGAUUUGAUGGAAUAAACAGCUAUCUUAUAGACAUGUAUGCUAAAUCGGGUUUGAUUAGGGAAUCACAAUAUGUUUUUGAGAAGAACGAUAUUAAAAAUAGAGAUCAAGCCAUUUGGAAUGCAAUGAUUGCUGGGUACACACAGAAUGGACUGAUUGAAGAAGCUUUUCUUACCUUUAGAAAAAUGCUUGAGCAAAAUUUAAGGCCUAAUGCUGUGACCUUAGCGUCCAUUCUCCCAGCUUGUAAUCCAUUAGGAAGAGUAGAUGUAGGAAAGCAGCUCCAUGGAGUCUCCAUUCGUUCUUUAUUGGAUCAAAAUAUCUUCGUGAGGACGGCCCUUGUUGAUAUGUACUCUAAAUCCGGUGGAAUCAACUAUGCUGAAAGCAUUUUCACCACAUCUGCUGAGAAAAAUUCUGUCACGUACACGACAAUGAUAUUGGGUUAUGGUCAACAUGGGAUGGGUAAGAGAGCUCUGACAUUGUUUCACUCAAUGAAGAAAUCUGGCAUUGAACCUGAUGCAAUUACCUUUGUUGCAAUCUUGUCGGCUUGUAGUUAUGCUGGUUUCGUUGACGAAGGCCUUCAAAUUUUUGAGUCAAUGAAGAGAGACUUUAAGAUUCAGCCUACAACUCAGCACUACUGUUGUGUUGCAGACAUGUUAGGGAGAGUUGGGAGAGUGAUCGAAGCCUUUGAAUUUGUUACACAACUGGGUGAAGAAGGAAAUGUGAUGGAAAUUUGGGGAUCUCUUCUUGGGGCUUGCAGACUUCAUGGACAAAUUGAACUGGGUGAGGUUGUUGCCAAUAAGUUGCUUGAAAUGGGCUCAGUGCACAGCUUGGCAGGCUAUCAAGUCUUGCUCUCCAAUAUGUAUGCUGAAGAAGCAAAUUGGGAAAGUGUUAAUAAGUUGAGGAAAGAGAUGAGGGAAAAGGGUUUGCGAAAGGAAGUUGGCUGUAGUUGGAUCGAUAUUGGAGGUCAUGUCAUGAAUUUUGUGUCUAAAGACUUGGAUCACCCUCAAUGUGAUGAGAUAUAUGAAAUGCUGGAAAAAUUGGCCAUGGAGAUGAAAGAUACUGAUUGUAGUCCUUUUCCUGGUUAUGUAUUUGAUAAUGUUGAUGUUAGAUGAGAUUUUUUGGGGGCAAAUUGCAGUUGACAAACCAAAUAUUGUUGGUAGCAAAUGGUGUGUUAGGGUUUGUGCUUAUGGUAAGUUGGUAACAAAUGAAAAACAUGAUUAUUUGAAUGCUUGUCCAAAGUGACAAUUUACAAACCAUGCGCUGAUUGCUGGCUUGGACUGCCGAAGUAUGUGAAUAAUUUGUUUGAAGAUGGUUAUUGGAUGCUUUCCUGUCUCGUGUUGCCGUUCAGUUCUGCAAUGGUGAUCAAGUGAGAUUAAGCAAAAUUAAGCUAUUUGAAAUGACUUUUAAAAAGGAGUUUUAUGCAACUAUUCAGAAAUUUAACUUGUAACGGGGGCAAACAUUUCAUCAAUUACAGAAUACAAAGGCAUACAAUCCCUGAUCUUGUACUUAUCAAGACUAAAAAGAUCCUAAAUGUUCUCGUCACUUCAGUAUAUAAGAAUUGUGUGCAACAAAUUUUGGAGUCUCUCAUCAGGUUACUCUGUGGGAAAUCUAUAUCAUCUACUGCCUGCUCGGCCUUUUAUACAUCAAUGCAAUAUUUCGCUAAAUUAGAAAAUGUGACAGCUUCAAGAAGAUGCUGUCUGGGCAUGAGUAUUCCAGAUCCUGAAGAGACUCGCCUAGAAGUGGAUCCUACUGUAAAAGAUCAUGGAUCCCACCGUUGUGUUCUCUUUUGUGUUCUUUGAGGAUUAUCUGGGUUAUUCGAUAUCGAACAGAUGUAGAAUGUCAUGAAGAGAAGUUGGAGAGAGAGAAAGAAUAUAAGAAGUUAUUGGCUAAUGGUGUAGAAGAGUUGAAGAGCAAAGGAGUAGAAUUUGAUCUCUUAAAGGGAGUUUAUGCGCUUAGAAGAGCUAAGUUUGCAUGUGUAAAUGAAGGUGGUAAGAAAAUGGUCUGCAUGGGAUUUUGUUACUCUUUUAUUCUUUACUCUGUCAUGUUUAGUUUUGGGGUCGACAAGGAUCAUUUCGUGUAAUUAGGUUCUUCGGGGUUUGUGCUAUGGGGUUUUGGGAAUUUGAAUUGAUGGCAAAAAUUCUUUGUUGUUGCAUUUGGAUUGGAUAGCAUUCGGUUGUGCAUAACAUUCUGUUCUGUUCUGCUAUUAUAAUUUGGGUUGAAAUCUGACUUA